AAUGAAUUCAUAAUUUUCUUCACAACCAAAAGUAGAGGAAUAAAAUGCCUAAUAAUAACCAUUUACUUUACCUCCUCUUCCAAAAUAAGAUGGAAUCUAAUACUACCCUAUUUUCUAUAUUAAACAGAAUAAGUAAUUUUCUUUCUUAUUAAAUUAGUUUGCCCACACAUCCCAAUUUAUAAUAACUGCCAACUGAUCAUUAAAAUUGCUGGUUUGUCUGUCAUCCUUUAUUGUAAAACGAUCCUUUCUUUCCUGAUAUAUCUAACUUUUCUCAAUAAACACAUAAAACAUAAACUUUUACUCCAGAAAUACCUAUUAAAAUAGAAGAUGAUGAAGAAAUCAAAUAAUCCAAUUUGAAAUAACAUUCACAACAACAAUAGUAGAACUUAAAUAAUUUCUAAAUAAAGAACAAAAAGCAAAAAGAUUCAAAUAAAUUUAAAAGAAACGUUGACAAUUUCCAAGACCUAGAAAUAUUACCAUGUAAUUGUUCAUAGAGUAACUGUCUUAAAAGAUAUUGUGCUUGUUUUCAUAGCGGUAGAAUGUGUUUAGAUGAAUGUUAAUGUAAAGAUUGUAAAAAUUGCUCUGAUUUUUCUGAAGAAAGAGAUGAAGCCAUUAAUCAUGUUUAUAAAAAAUGUCAUCGAGAUAAAAAAGUUCCUGUAAAUGAAUUACUAUCUUUAUAAAUGAGUUAUGGAUGUAAAUGCAAAUCUACUGGAUGUUAAAAAAAAUAUUGUGAAUGCUUUAAAAGAGGAUAAAUCUGCGGUGAAUUAUGUUCUUGUGAGGAUUGCCUCAAUAUUCCAAUUAGUUUAUCAUAGAAAGAUCUUAAGAGAAAGAAAACAGUAUUAAAAUGA